CGCCCCCGGCCCCCCGCCCCCUCGCCGCCCGCGCGUAGAAAACGCCCCGGCCGCCGCCAGUGGUGGGAGGCGGCGAUGCGCACGGCCGGAGAGACGCGGAGGAGGAGACAUGAGCCGGCGGACUCCCAGACGGAGCGGCCGUGACGCGUUCGUGCUGCAGCCGCGCGCCCCGGUCCUGGAGCGCUGACCCCUGGCUCCGCGCAGCCCCGCGCCCCGGCCAGAGAGCGCGCCCUGACUGCCUAGUCCCGCCGCGCAUGCAGUCUUUGGAGUGAGCCGACCAGACAGCCAGCCUCACCGCGGACGCCCGGCCGACCGGCCGGCCAGCGCUGAACCAGUUUCCCCCGCACCGGCCGGGCAGCCUCCUGCCACGGAGGCGGCCCGCCCCGCAGCCCUCCGCGCCAGCCCGUAGGGCGCAGCGCUCGGGAGGAGCCGCGCGGGGCGCUGAUGCCGCAGGGCGCGCCGCGGAGCGCCCCGGAGCAGCAGAGUCUGCAGCAGCAGCCGGCGAGGAGAGAGCAGCGGCGGCGGCGGCGGCGGCGGCGGAGGCGCCCGGUCCCGGCCGCGCUGAGCGGACAUGUGCAGGCUGGGCUAGGAGCCGCCGCCUCCCCCGCCCAGCGAUGUAUUCUGCGCCCUCCGCCUGCACUUGCCUGUGUUUACACUUCCUGUUGCUGUGCUUCCAGGUACAGGUACUGGCGGCCGAGGAGAACGUGGACUUCCGCAUCCACGUGGAGAACCAGACGCGGGCUCGGGACGAUGUGAGCCGUAAGCAGCUGCGGCUGUACCAGCUCUACAGCCGGACCAGUGGGAAACACAUCCAAGUCCUGGGCCGCAGGAUCAGCGCCCGCGGCGAGGACGGGGACAAGUAUGCCCAGCUCCUAGUAGAGACAGAUACCUUCGGUAGUCAAGUCCGGAUCAAGGGCAAGGAGACGGAAUUCUACCUGUGCAUGAACCGCAAAGGCAAGCUCGUGGGGAAGCCCGAUGGCACAAGCAAGGAGUGUGUGUUCAUCGAGAAGGUCCUGGAGAACAACUACACAGCCCUCAUGUCGGCCAAGUACUCAGGCUGGUAUGUGGGCUUCACCAAGAAGGGGCGCCCCCGGAAGGGCCCCAAGACCCGGGAAAACCAGCAGGACGUGCACUUCAUGAAGCGCUACCCCAAGGGGCAGGCUGAGCCGCAGAAACCCUUCAAGUACACCACAGUGACCAAGCGGUCACGGCGGAUCCGCCCCACGCACCCUGGCUAGGCCCCCCAGCCCGUGCUCACAGCCCCAGAGAACUGCAUCAGAGGAAUAUUUUUACAUAAAAAAAAAAUAAGGAAGAAGCUUUAUUUUUGUACAUUGUGUUUAAAAGAAGACAAAGACUGAACCAAAACUUUCAGGGAGAGGGACGCUACGGAUUUUAUCAUUGACUUGAACGUCCCCCUCCCCCCCCAGACAAAAGACUCAUGCCAAGGGGACUGUGGUCGACCCAUCGGUGCUUGCCUCUCUCUAGGAACCGAGGAAGACUCGAAAUUCGUCCCCUUGAAGAGGACUUGAAUGAGGAAACCGACGCUCUGAGAAACCAAAGUCCUUUUUCCCAAAGGUUCUGAAAAAAAAAAAAAAAACAGAAAACAAAGAAAGAGAAAGUGGCACUCCCUCCCCCCAACAACUUGUCCCCAGUCCAUCCCACCCCACCCCAGACUCCAACAAAAAUCGCUCUCUGGUUUGCAGUUGUUUAUUUAUUAUCCACUGCAAGCUGUCCCGAGACACCGCGCAGGGAAGGCGUGCCCCCCGGGAGUUCUCCGCGCCUCGACCUUCCGACGACAGACGGCCUCGUCCAAUCACGGCGACCCUGCCUUGCUCAAGUUCAGGAGGAUGCUGCUAUGACUUUCAUGACUCACGUGACCUAGUACGCCAAUGAUAAGGGGGUAUUUUAAAACCAGCUAUAUUAUAUAUAUUAUAUAUAUAUAUAAGCUAUUUAUUUCACCUCUCUGUAUAUUGCAGUUUCAUGAACCAAGUAUUACUGCCUCAACAAUUAAAAACAACUGACCAAUUAUUUAAAAAA